AUGCCCAAAACAGCGCAUAUUGCAGCCAUCCUGAACGGACUGUCGGGGGUCAUCGUCGGCCCUGCUACGGCUCUCGUCUCUGCAGUUUGGUUUCCUAGAGGCGAACGCACAACCGCCACAGGAGUGUCGGCGGCGUUCAAUCAGCUGGGCAUGGCCCUUUCGUACCUCAUCGGACCAGCUGUGGUGGGAACGCCUUAUCGGAACAACAGCAUGGUCCCAGGACCAGCCUCGAACGACGAUGAGAGAAACCGAAGAAAACACUCCAUCCACUCGUUGACUAAGAUCAGCUUCUUCACCGGCAACCAUAUACCCAAAGCACCCGAGAACUCCACCGCCGACCCCAUGAUUCUUCGACUCCAAAUCAUGUCCCUCAUGAGAAUAGAAUUUGUCGCCCAGUUCCUGGUGCUCCUCGGGGUACUUUGGGUCUUUCCGAAACAACCCUCUCAACCUGUAGAAGCCUCUGCCGUCUCGCCGACCAGCUUCGGCGUUUUAGAAUCCAUCCAACGUUUGUUUCAGAACCGAAGUAUGUGGUGUCUGUGCUUGGCUGCUGCUCUCAGCCAAGGUGUAACUGGACCAUGGCUUGCCAUGAUCACCAUGGCUUUUGGCACGGCUGUCAGCCAGGAUGAAGCGGACAAGCUCGCGUUUUGGACCAUCGUCUUCAGCAGCGUUUUAAGCUUGACCGCUUCCCGGGUCAUGGAUAUUUUCCAAGGGCACCUGAAGGUCGCGAUUUACGUCCUCCUGCUGGCGUCCUCCGCCAUGUUUCUCUGGGUAUUGUUGCUCGACAACCGGAUUCUGGUUUUCCAUAAAGACGAGCUGUACACCGCGGUCAUCCUGGGAAUCGCAGCGAGCUGGUCCACCCCUGCUCUAUUUCUCGAACUUGCCUCGGAAAUCGCUUAUCCCGUCUCGGAAGCCAUUGUUGGCGGUUAUAUGAUCUUCCUGGCGAACGCCAUCGGCACCCUCUUCUACUUUUCCUAUUUCGUGCCUGGAAUGGGUGAACAUUGGAGCAGUUACUGCGUUUUUGGGAAUCUCACGGUAGCAGCCAUUCUCGUGAUGUACGUCAAGGACGAGUACAACCGAACCAAGAUGGACAUAUCCAGGACCUCGUACGCUUAUCCUUUGACUGAAACCGAGUAUCAUUGGAUCCUUCGAGAGAUGCACAAGAAAAGGGUCAACGAGAAGAGGCGGAAGAGAGAAGCGAGUAGUGGGAACAAGAAAUGUAUUAAUAAUUGUUUAGAUUGA